UCUAUGCUAAAUGUCAAAAGUCGUUCGUAAUGACGUUUGUGUUUCGAUUUUCUACAUUUGGCAAAACAUUAAUUUACUGAGAUAAGAAGUGUUUGCCGUGUGCAUUCAGUGAGAAUACGCGGGGGGCGGAUGGCCGCAUCGUCGUGAUCAAAACACCGCAGCCAUGGCUAUGUCUAAAGGUUUUAAAGUGCUGGAGAAAUCGUCUCCCCCGAGUCCGUACAGUAUAAUCCUUCAGCACAGGAAUAAGGAUGCUUCUUUGUUGUUCGAGUCGAACGCGGUGGUGGCGCUGUCGCCGCAGGAGCUGGACACGAUGAAGAAGCAGUACCACAAGAUCGCGGACGCGUACGGAGUGCUCGGUGUACUACAGCUGAACUGCGGGGACUCCUGCCUGCUGCACCUCGUGCUGGUCACCGGCUGCACGUCCGUCGGCAAGAUCCACGACGUCGAGGUCUUCAAGAUCACCCAGACGCAGUUCCUGCCUCUGUUCCACCAAUCACAGCAUGAUGACAAAAUGUCAGAAGUUAGAAAGCUACUCAACUCUGGCACAUUCUAUUUCUCGUGGAAUUCCGGUAAGAGUAAUGACAGUCUGUUUGAUCUCACUCUGUGUGCUCAGAGGAAGAGUAAAGGAGCUGCGCCAGACAACAGGUUCUUCUGGAAUAGAACUUUGUUUAUCCAUCUUAUCAGAUAUGGCAUAGAUUGUGAUGAAUGGCUGACUAGAGCUAUGUGUGGGUCGGUGGAGAUAAGAACCAUCUAUGUGGGUCACAGACAGGCCCGUGCAUGUGUGGUGUCCAGGCUCAGUUGCGAGCGUGCAGGGACCAGGUUCAAUGUACGUGGCUGCAAUGAUGAUGGCAAUGUUGCCAACUUUGUGGAGACAGAGCAAGCCAUCUAUAUUGAUGAUUCUGUGACAUCCUAUGUGCAAACUAGAGGCUCGGUCCCUCUUUUCUGGGAACAACCGGGUAUUCAAGUUGGAUCUCAUAAAGUGAAGAUGUCCCGAGGCUAUGACGCAUCCACCAGUGCAUGUGAGAGACACUUCACCCAGUUAAAGAGGAACUAUGGGUCAAUGAUCAUUGUGAACCUGCUGGGCUCCAGCAUGAUCGGGGGCAGUGAAGGUGAGGCCACACUCAGCAAUGCAUUCCAAAAGCAUUUGAAUGAUUCCCCGCACUCUGACAUCACCCAAAUUAUCUUUGACUACCACCAAGAAGUGAGGGGAGGGUCUAUUGAGACUGCACUCGCUAAGUUCAAAAAGAUAAUUGAAAAGUAUUAUGAUGAAAUUGGAAUAUUCAGUUCAAAAGGUAAUGAUAUCUACAAUGUGCAGAAGGGAUGUAUCAGAACCAACUGCCUGGAUUGUCUGGACCGGACCAACGCUAUACAGACCUUCAUUGGCCUGGAGAUGUUGAGUAUUCAGCUGAUGCUGCUGCAGUGCAUUGACAAGAAACAGAAUGUGACAAGAUUUGAGGAAGUGUUCAAACAGAUGUGGGUGAACAACGGCAAUGAAGUCUCGAAAAUAUAUGCAGGUACAGGAGCCAUCCAGGGGGGCUCCAAACUCAUAGACGGAGCCCGGUCCGCCGCCCGAACCAUCCAGAACAACUUAUUAGACAACUCAAAACAAGAAGCUAUUGACAUACUGCUCCUUGGCUCCACCCUCAAUUCAGAACUCUCAGACCGAACUAGGAUAUUGUUACCAUCAAGCAUUCUACACACAUCCCCUCCUCUACUGAGGGAAAUGGUGAGAAGACAAAAUGAAUACACUGAGCCAUCCAACAUCCGCAUCACCAUCGGCACCUACAACGUGAACGGAGGUAAGCACUUCCGCAGCGUGGCCUACAAAGACGUGUCGCUGGCUGACUGGCUGCUGGAUUGCCCGCGCUCCUCGCUCGUCGACACCGAGGACGCCGGAGACCAUCCCUCGGACAUCUUCGCGAUAGGCUUCGAGGAGAUCGUGGACCUGAACGCCAGCAACAUCAUGGCCGCCAGCUCCGACAACGCCAAAGCUUGGAGUGAGGAGCUGGAGAAGGUUCUGUGCAGAGACGCGCCCUACACGCUGCUGUCGAGCCACCAGCUCGUCGGCGUCUGCCUCUUCGUGUUCGCGCGGAGGGACCUGAUCCCGCACAUCCGCGACGUGGCGCUGGACUCGGUGAAGACGGGGCUGGGCGGCGCGACGGGCAACAAGGGCGCCGUGGCUAUCCGCCUCGUGUUGCACGGCACGUCCCUGUGCUUCGUGUGCGCGCACUUCGCGGCCGGGCAGGCGCAGGUGGCGGAGCGCAACGCCGACUACGCCGAGAUCACGCGCAAGGUCGCCUUCCCCAUGGGCCGCUCGCUGUACUCGCACGACUACGUGUUCUGGUGCGGCGACUUCAACUACCGCAUCGACCUGGACAAGGACGAGACGCGGCUGCUGGUGGCGCAGGGUAACCUGCCGCGCCUGCUCGAGAACGACCAGCUGCUGAAGCAGAAGGCGCAGGACCUCGUGUUCAAGAACUGCUUCGAGGGCGAGAUCACGUUCCCGCCGACCUACAAGUACGACCUGUUCAGCGACGACUACGACACGAGCGAGAAGGCGCGCGCGCCGGCGUGGACCGACCGCGUGCUGUGGCGCAGCCGGCGCGCCGUGGCCGACCCCGCGGCGCCCGGCCCGCGCCUGCUGCACUACGGCCGCGCCGAGCUCAAGCAGAGCGACCACCGCCCCGUCAUCGCGACCCUGGAGCUCGAGGUGCUGCGCGUGAGCUACUCGCGCUGCAUGGACGUGUUCUACGAGGCCGUGCGCGACCUGGGCCCGCCCGACGCCAGCGUGCUGGUGACCGCGCCGGGGGCGGGCGAGGGGGACGUGUUCGACGACGCGGCGGUGGCGGCGGUGCUGGCGGCGCUAGCGCGCGCGGGCGAGGUCACGCUGCUGCGCGUGGUGGACGAGCGCGCGCUGUGCGCCACGUUCCGAGAGCCGCAGCAGGCGCUGUCGGCCGCCGCGCGGGGGUCACUGACCGCCGGCGACCUCACCCUCAGCGUGGCGCUCAAGUCGCCGGACUGGGUCGACAUCGUGCGCUCCGAGAUCGCGCUGUGCUGCAACAACACGGUGCCACUGGUGGGCGACGCGGCGCCGGAGCGGCCGCUGCGCUCGGCGCCGCCCACCCCGCGCCGCCAGCAGCCCGGCCGCCCCCCGGCCCCCGCGCCCGCGCCGCUGCUGCCCGCGCGCGCCCCCGCCGGCCCCGCGCGCCCCCCGCCGCCGCGCCCCUCCCCGCUGUCCCCGGCCACGCCGGAUCGCUCCCCGGACGCCGGAACGGCCUCGCCGCCGCAGCCGGAGCCCGCGUCCCCGCCCCCCGCGCCCGGCGCGCCGCCCCCGGCCUGCGCGCCCCCGCCCCCGCCGGCCGACGACCCCGCCGCACCCCCACCCCCCGUGCCCGCGCGCCAGGGGGCGCCGCCGCCGCUGCCCGCGCGCCCGAGACCCGCCACGUAAGCACCUCGACCACGCCAACAUAGCAUUUGUAUAUUUAUGAAGAAAAGUAGUGUUAGGCAAGUGCAAUGGAUGUAUUGAGAUGUACCUAUUUAUUUAUUGUUAUGUACCUAAGUUUAUUAAUAUCACUUUGAAUUUAUUGGUUUUAAUGAGUUCGUUGGUGUUUACUGGUAUAGGAUAAUAUGUAGUAGAUACUUACCCAGUAAUUCUUAUAAAUAUAUUAAAUAAUUUAAGCAAGCUAUCAAAUUCAGACUGUUUUUAUGUAGUUACUUAUCAUUUGAAACAGAUCAAUGCAUCGAAACAUUGUAAUAGUAAAAUUUAGCUUUAAAAAUCGGUACAAGCGUUAAACGUACCUAUUUUACUGGUUUACUAUUAUUUAAACUACCUUAAUGUUACUAAUUAUAUGCUGAUAAUUCUUUUACAUUAUACAUUUACGUAUUUCUUGAAUAUUCCUAAUUUUAUGCAUUUUUAUGGCUGUGUUAAGCAUUUUCUGGGAAAUCGCUGAAUAGAUUAGAUAGUGAAAUCAAUCAACCGAUUCCUACUAUUUCCUACAACACGAAAUUCUACUGAUAGUAGUUUUAAAUCUGUUAUUUAUUUGUAAUGUUAUUAUAAUUAACUCAUGUCAAAGCUUCGAUCUAGCUUUAGUAAUUUCCUGAAUUAUUAAGGAGCAAAGCUAAGGAAUCAGGUUAUGAAUUUAAGUUGGAGAAGAUAUUUGUAUUAUGUCGGAACAAUUAUUUUAAGUAAUUAUAUUCUUAGUUGAACCUUUAUUAAAAUCAGGGGUAGGUUAGCAUUAGCUCCUGCUUUGAGGGAAACUACGGUGGUAUUUUGGUCAAUGUUUUUCUUAUUUAUGUAUACUUAAGUAAAAUAUGUGAAACCAGUUUAAACUCUAUUCCAUUGAUAUGAGGGCAUUACCUAAGUAGGUCAACCCAACACCUGUGAUGUGAUUGUACUUUAUGUAUUAUUUAAUUUAAUUAGGUAAACAUAUUGGUUUGAUCUGAAACUUGUUUUUAUAUUUUUAUAUGUUUUGUACACCUUUUAUUUUUAUACUGUAUAGCUAUGAGAUUAUUUCUUGGUAUUACCUGAACAACAAAGGAUGACAUUAUUGUACCACCAGUUAUUUAGAAUGGAUGUGAAGUACAUAAAUAUUUACUUAGAGUUAUUAAAAUAACAGAUACUUAGAUGCAUAUAUUAUAAAUUAACCAUGAAUUGUUAGUGUUCAAUACCUAUUAAACUGUUGUUCAUUGUGCUUUAUAGAGCUGUUAAAAUUAUGUGUAAUGUAUUUGCCAGAUGUUGCACAGUAGAUACUGGUGUCUGAAUUAAAGCAAUGGAAAUUA